UCAUCGAACCAGUCACACCACCACCAUCUUCAUCCUCAUCCUCAUCUUCACCAUCUUCACCAUCACCAUCUUCAUCAGCAGCAGAAGAGGAAGAGGAGCCGUCGACAGACUCUGACUCACCGCUGGGAUGAAGCUCUUCACCGGAGAAGAACCGAAGCACAGAUCUUCACAAAUCUGAGACGUACAACCAGACUGAGAGGCGGCCGUAAUCCGAUUAUUUCUGCGUGAGAGAGGGAGAGAGAGACAGUGAGAGUAGGAGAGAGAGCGUGAGCGUGUUGUCGCCACCAUGAUGGAGGAAAUGGACAGAUUUCAGGUCCCCAGUGCGGUGCAGGAGGAGGCGGAGAUGCAAGCGGAGAUGCAGCCGCUGGACCCGGCCUCGUCCACAGCCUCAGAGGGAGACUCAGACACCAGAGAGGGAGAACCGGUCACUAUAAACUACAAGCCGUCACCGCUGCAGAUGAAAAUAGAGAAACAGAGAGAACUUGCCAGAAAAGGCUCGUUGAAGAACAACAACACAGUCGGAAGUCCCGUGAACCAGCAGCCCAAGAAGAACAACGUCAUGGCCAGAACACGGUUGGUUGUGCCCAAUAAAGGCUAUUCGUCUUUAGAUCAGAGUCCAGAUGAGAAGCCUUUGGUGGCCUUAGACACAGACAGUGAUGAUGACUUUGACAUGUCGAGAUACUCGUCGUCGGGUUAUUCCUCCGCUGAGCAAAUCAACCAGGACCUGAACAUCCAGCUGCUGAAAGACGGUUACCGCCUCGACGAGAUCCCCGACGACGAAGACCUGGAUCUGAUUCCUCCCAAAUCCGUCAACCCCACCUGCAUGUGCUGCCAGGCCACCUCCUCCACCACCUGUCAAAUACAGUAACCCCGCCUCCUCCCCCUUUGACCUCCUGACCCUUACGUGAUAACACACA